AUGACAUCGAAACGGAAGAGAACUGGGGCUCAUCCGCCACCUCCGAUACCUGAGACGCCUGAUGCGCCCAGGAGAAGCAGUCGUAGAAUAAAGGAUGCUGCUGAACGGCCCAAGUCAGACACAGAUCCGAUGAAAGCUGCCAGCCCAAAGAAAGCAAAGGCUGUCUGGGACACAGGCGAAGGUGUCGAAGAAGCCAUGCGCGAGCUGAGCGAGAUGGAACAAAAGUUGCAGACUGCCGUCAGAAAACAGCGUCUUGCAGUUGAGUCCUCAGAUCUUCAUGUCAAAUUGGAAGCCGUCGACGAACCUGAUAUCCGACCGAAGAUGUACUCGCCGAGUCAGGAUACUGUUGUCUCCCGGGGAAACUUGGAAGGAAAGUCAAAAGUUGCCAACUCUGUACCACUGGAUGAGUACGACGCCAAACUCGCUGCUGGCGAUGUCGCUGAUGCCAAAGGUGAAGACGAUGGCAUGGAUCGAGGUGCCAACAGGCCUCCCCCUGUGAACAGUGAAACUCUUCCUCUACCAUGGAAAGGAAGGUUAGGAUAUGCUUGCUUAAAUACAUACCUGCGCAAUGCGACUCCUGCUGUCUUUUCUUCGAGAACCUGUCGCAUGGCCUCUAUCGUUGAACACCGACACCCUUUAGCAAACCCUGAUGAACCAGAACACCCUACCAAGAACCGACCGGACAAGAACAAACCCGCAGACCACGAACGAGGACUCAAAUAUGUACAAGAUUUGGGCUUGGCAAAUGCAAGAGAUAUUGUCAAAAUGAUACGAUGGAAUGUCAAGUAUGGCAUCAAGUUCAUGAGACUGAGUAGUGAGAUGUUUCCGUUUGCAAGUCAUCCAGAACAUGGUUACAAGCUAGCGCCCUUUGCGUCAGAGGUGCUGGCGGAAGCUGGUAAAGUAGCUGGAGAGCUGAAUCAUCGUGUAACAACACAUCCUGGACAAUUCACACAGAUUGGUUCUCCCCGCAAAGAAGUUGUCACCGCUGCCAUUCGCGAUCUGGAGUACCACGAUGAAAUGCUUACUCUACUCAAACUUCCCGAGCAGCUUGAUCGCGAUGCUGUCAUGAUCCUGCACAUGGGUGGUGUUUAUGGCGACAAGCAAGCAACCGUUGACCGAUUCAAAGAGAACUACGCCAAACUUUCAGACAGUGUCAAGCGGCGAUUGGUUUUGGAGAAUGACGAUGUCGCAUGGAGUGUGCACGAUCUGUUGCCUGUCUGCGAAGAACUCAACAUUCCUCUGGUGCUCGACUACCACCAUCACAACAUCAUCUUCGACCCAUCGAUAAGAGAGGGUUCUCAAGACAUUAUAGGUCUUUACGAUCGCAUCAAAGCUACCUGGACCAAGAAGGGAAUUACUCAGAAAAUGCACUACAGCGAGCAGACAUCCAGUGCAGUCACACCAAGAGAUCGCCGCAAGCAUUCCGCCAGAGUCAAAACUCUCCCACCAUGCGCCCCCGACAUGGAUCUAAUGAUAGAAGCCAAGGAUAAAGAGCAAGCUGUUUUUGAACUGAUGCGGACUUUUAAACUGCCAGGUUGGGAUACGUUUAACAACAUUGUACCAUAUGAACGACCAGAUGAAUCACGAAAAGCCGUCAAAAAGAAGGCAAAGAAGGGCAAGAAAGCAAAUGGCGUCAACGGAGAAGUGGAGGACGACAUUGAAGUGCCUGAAAAGAUUGUUAGCGCUGAAGAUUUCGGCAUGGGAGGUCCUCAAGCAAGAGUGUAUUGGCCCGAGGGUAUGGAAGAAUGGCUGCGACCGAAGAAGCGAGAGAUUAAGAAGGAGAAGGAGGGAAAGAAUGGGUCUUUGCCAGAUGCUACAUUCUCCGAAGCCAUUAAAAUUGUUGAUCUUCGUGACCGCAAUGCUGGUCGCGGUAUAAGUAGGUCUCAUGCAUGCACGCAGAGCCAAGCUAACAACACAGUCGCUCUCGAAGAUAUUCCUGCGGAAACAACUCUGUUUACCAUCCCGAGAAGAGGAAUCAUCAAUGUUGAAACCUCGGAGCUCCCAAAAAAGAUUCCGGAUGCUUUUGAUCUCGACAAGCCUGAUGACGAUGACGCACCGGGACUAGAUUCGUGGAGUUCGCUUAUCCUCAUCAUGAUUUACGAGUAUCUUGAAGGCGAAAACUCCAAGUGGAAGCCUUAUUUCGAUGUUCUUCCUUCGUCAUUUGAUACGCCCAUGUUUUGGUCCGACAAUGAGCUUGACCAGCUUCAGGCCAGUCAUAUGCGACACAAGAUCGGCAAGGCUGAUGCUGAAAAUAUGUUCCAAAAGACGUUGCUCCCCAUUAUUCGAAGGAACUCUGAGAUUUUCAACGCCGGAAACAAGACUGAUUCAGAGCUUAUCGAGAUUGCCCACCGUAUGGGCAGCACCAUCAUGUCAUAUGCUUUCGAUCUUGAGAAUGACGAGGAGGAGGAGGAAGAGGAGGCUGAUGGUUGGGUUGAGGAUCGAGAUGGAAAGUCGAUGAUGGGAAUGGUACCAAUGGCGGAUAUUCUGAAUGCCGACGCCGAGUUCAACGCUCACGUCAACCACGAAGAAGAGAGUCUCACCGUGACCAGCUUGAGGCCCAUCAAGGCGGGCGAAGAGAUUCUCAACUACUAUGGCCCUCACCCAAACUCGGAGCUCCUUAGAAGAUACGGAUACGUUACCGAGAAGCAUUCCCGUUAUGAUGUUGUCGAGAUUCCCUGGAACAUUGUUGAGUCAGCUCUGACCGCCAACUUUGGUAUCCCUAGUCAAGUCCUGGAGCAGAUUCGUGGCGCUCUUGAAGAGGACGAAGAAUUUGAAGACACAUUCGUUUUGGAGCGAGAAACAGGCGAGGUAAACUCGGACGGCACCUUUGCGGAGUCUGCUCGAUUCGAAAGCAUGCCCGAAGAUCUCCAAGAACAACUCAAGACAUUCCUCAAAGGUAUCAAGAAAGCACAGCCCGAUGCUAUCCCCGACAAGCGCAAGAGAGACGAGAUCCACCAAGCUGUACUGGCCAAGACAUUGGAGGCUCUUGUAGCAAGAUACCCGACAAGCAUUUCCGAAGACGAAGCUCUACUCAAACAAGACCUCAGCCAACGAACUCGCAUGGCUAUUGCCGUGAGACUCGGAGAAAAGAAGCUACUUCAAGAAGCCAUUACUGCAUCUUCUGGAGACGUCGAGAUGACAAUGGACGACGAAUCCGGACCAGCCAAGCGUGCAAAGCGUUGA